AUGGCCGAGGUUCUGCCCUCAAUCCCAAGUAACUGGGAUGCCAAAGAGGCCGAUGUGAACUUGGAUGCAUACAACAUGAAUGGGAGUAUCAAUGAUGUGGUUGACAUGUUUAUGGAGAUAAGAAACACCAGAUGCAAAAUCAAAUCCAGGGCAGUUCACGCGGAAACCGUUCAUCAUCGGUCCCUGGCGGACCGCUUCCCAGAAAGCGGUAUUUGUAAAGAGCUUAUAUCUCACUACGCUGAUUAUAUUCAGCCAAUGUAUCGUGUUCUGCAUAUGCCAUCGUUUUCUCAAGACUACCGACUAUUCAGAAACGAGCCGGAUUCCGCUUCUUCGGCAUUCAUAAUGCAAUUGGCUCUCGUCCUCGCCAUUGGGUCAACAUUUUACUCCCGAAACGACAGAUCUCUCGUCCGAGAGCGGGCUCAAGUAUGGAUACUCUCCGCCCAGUCUUGGAUCAUGGGUCCUGGGUCCAAGUCUACCAACACACUUCCUGGUUUGCAGAUCUACAUCCUCCUGUUACUUUCAAGGCAAACCACGUGCAAUUCGGGCGGCUUGACUUGGGUAUCUACUGGGUCUUUGCUUACUAUGGCAUUAAGUAUGGGGCUUCAUCAUGAACCCGCCCGCUUCGUCUCUCUUACUCCUUUCCAACGAGAGACGAGAAAGCGCCUUUGGAUCGUCACCCUUGAACUCUGUGUUCAGCAUCAUGUCGACUCAUCAAUACCAAUCACGCUUUGUGAAUCAGAUACUGUGAUUCCAGAGAUUUUGAAUGUGGAUGACGAAUCAAUUCACACUGAUUCUGAGCACGAGCCAACACCAAAAGAGUCGUUCACAGAUGCUUCUAUCCAGAUACAGCUCGCUAGUUCCUUGGCCCUUCGACUGAAGAUCGCACGCAUGGUCAAUGGAGUUGAACAAGGCUAUUCUUUUGGUCAGGUUUUGGCGUUGGGAGCAAAAUUGAGGAAUAGUUGUCGCCAACUAUCUGAGUUUUUCAGUCCGGGCUCGAGUGUCAUGCCCGGUGCAUGUGAGAAAAAUACGGCCCAUUUCCACCACAAGUUUUUGAAUACACUCUUGCGGAGGUAUAUCAUAUUACUACACCAGAACUAUAUGAUAGAAUCGCUUGAGAACCCGGCUUUCUAUAUAGCUCGCAAGAUCUGUGUGGAUGCAGCGCAGGCAAUCGUUAUAGAUCUCAACCCUGCCAAUCACACAGUAGAACUUCUCCAACUUGCUGCUGCUGGACGUGGCACGUUCAAGGGACCAUUCUCCCUUCACGUAAUACUCGUCCUAUGUCUUGACCUUUUUAUGCUUUUUCGGGAUGACAACGGUGAGAAUGCAACUUCUUCGCGCGUGGACCAGCUAGACAAGAAGCGGGGAGAUGCCCGCGAUUUCACCCGAAGGUUAUUGCGCAAUUUGGCAGAUGGGUCAAAAGAGCUGAUGAGAGCCGGAAGCGUGAGCUCGAAGAAUUUCAACUUCAUCACAGCCGUUCUCGCUGAGACGGAAGCAAUAGAGCAUGGUCAGUGUACAAGGACGGCUGUUUUCAACGCUCUCCGUGGAAGUCUGAGGGAGACCCUCGAUAUCUUUCAAGAGCUACACACUCCUCUAGAUGUGACUUGCGAGGGCUACGAAACCAUGACGGAGUUGGGUCCUGCGAGUUUCGACCUUGAAUCAUUUGACUUGUUGAACUGGGACAUUUCAGAUCUACUUUAUAUGCCUGAAGUUGAAAGUUAA